CUCGGAUUCCUCGGCCAGUUGCAAAGCCUUACCAAUGCCAGUUCGCUAGGGAAGAGUUGCUUCGCCACCAUCUGACACUGACACCACAGCCCGGCUCACCAAGAGCAUAUUACCUCACGUCAAUCUCGACGCUUUGUUCAAUCCACACCACCUCCCUCAACUCUCCCAUCUUGCAUCCCAAUACCUGAACUCUUUAAUAUCGCUGCAUCGCUCGCCGUCAGUUCUUUCAUCUACAAAGUAAAGCUCGACAGCUACAUUGCUCUACACCCCAUACCUCUACAGAACGCAACGAUACGUCACAGUGGUCUUUGCGACAACUCGACAUGGCACCCACGACCUCAUCCGAAGCUCCUCUUGCCAAGAGAGAUUAGUAUGUACAUUUAUCCCUCGGACAGUCGACAGCCUGUGCAGUAUUUGCUGUCAAGUCUUUAAAUUCGUCUGCUAACGCGAUCCUGAAUAGCUGCAGACAAAAUAUCAAUGGCGAUGUUUAUUGCUAUGAUUCACCUUGGAACGACUGGGGAAGAUGGGUCGCUUUGGCGAUUAUCGUCGUCGUAGUGCUCAUCUUUGCAUUUCUCUUCUCGUACGUCACCUCCCAUGUCUAUGCGCGGACCUUCUUGCUGACAAAAACCCACAGAUGCAUCAGAACCCGCCGUCGCAGAAAUCAGCCUCCAUUGUACGGUACAGGGUGGAUACCAACUGGCGGACCUAAGGGACCAGGUCAACAAAACGGAGGAUACUAUGCAAACCAACCUUAUGGAGGUCCCCCAGCCCCACCUUAUUCUCCAGCACCUGUUCAAUCUCAUCAACCAACUGGCACCACCUUCAACAGCAAUGAGGGAUACUAUGGGAACCAAGGCGCUGGAAUUGAGUUACAGACACCUCAAAACGCGUAUACACAUCAACGUGGAGGAGAUGCGGUUUACGAACCUCCUGCGGGACCACCACCAUCGAAGAAGUGAGAUGUCAUUAUUCGAUAGAGAGAAGUUCGACCAUGAGGGGUUUGUUCGAGGGAGGGGUAUCUUAAAUAGGAGUGUGAUGAAUUUCGACUGGGUUUGGGCGGUAAUACUCGCAGGCGUUUGACAGGUGUCUCGUUAUGGGUCAUAGUGGAGUUUGCUUCCGGAAUGGGGGGAUAAUUGUGGCCUUGCGGAGAUCUCGAUCUGAUCAGAAAGAUACUCUUUCUCA